AUGCCAGAUCAAAUUGCAGUUGCUUUUGUGUGUCUAGGGAACAUCUGUCGCUCCCCUAUGGCUGAGGCUAUUUUUAAGCACACAGUUAAGAAGGCUGGCUUAGAACAUAGGUUCUCGAACAUUGACUCGUUUGGAACAGCUGCCUACCAUGUGGGGAGCACUCCGGAUAGCCGUACUGUCUCCAUAUGCCGCAAGCAUGGCGUGCACAUAGAUCAUCGUGGCCAACAAAUAAAGACGAAGCACUUCGCAGAAUUCGACUAUGUCAUUUGCAUGGAUGAGUCCAAUAGGCGCAACCUAGAGCGAAUGAAGCCUCAGGACAGCAAGGCGCAGGUGCAUAUGUUUGGCCACUGGAACACGGGCGGCAAAUUUGAUACUAUUGUCGAGGACCCCUACUACGGCGGCACGGAGGGGUUUGAAUAUAAUUAUCAGCAAGUGUGCUAUUUUAGCGAGCAGUUUUUGAAGAGAGAGCUAUAA